UAAUCUAUGUUACUUGCUCUGUGUUAAGUACGGCGUUUGGCGCGCCUGUAAACAAAGUUAAAUAUUUUUUUUUGUUAUUUUACUUUGUUUUCUUGAAACUUAAAAUGAUUUUGUGACGCGCGGUGAUAAACAAAUUUUGUCAAUAAAGUUUUAUAUAAAUAUUUUUUUAAAAUGGAAGAGGAUAUAAUUGAAGAGGACGUGGACGGUUCAAUUCAUAGUAUUCAUGUGCGCAAUUUCUUUUGCCAUGAUAAUUUGGAGAUUACUAUGAAUAAAAAUGUGAACUUUAUUGUUGGGCGCAAUGGAAGCGGAAAAAGUGCUAUCCUGACCGCCCUCGUCGUCGGUUUAGGAGGCAGAGCUUCUGUUACUAACAGAGGCAGCAAUUUACACUCUUUUAUUAAAAAAGGUGCUAAUUCAGCUACAAUAGAAAUAAAAAUAAAGAAUAGCAGUGAAAAGGCAUAUAAACACAAUCUGUAUGGAGAUUAUAUUACUAUUGUAAGGCAUAUCAAUGCUUCUGGUGGCUCCAGUUACAAAGUCAAAUCUGCAACAGGUGAAGUAAUAUCAUCAAAAUUUGAGGAAGUGAAUGCUAUAAUACUAGCACAUGACAUACAAGUGGACAAUCCCAUAUCAGUACUUAAUCAGGACGAUGCCAGAAGCUUCCAUGAGUCAGAUGCGAAAAAGAAGUACUCAUUAUUCAGGAAGGCUACAAACUUGGACCAGACUGAAACCAACUACAUUAGAGCUCUGGAGAAUUGCAAUAAGGCUGUUAACAUAUGGAAUAGGAAGAAUGAGGCCUGUAUCGAGUUAGAAAAAGAAUAUAAGAAAUGGAAACAAAGUCAUGAACAGCUGCAGUCUAAAGAUGAGAUUGAAGCCAAGAAACUAGCUCUUCAGAAUGAAUAUUACUGGAGUGAGAUUGCCGACUUCGAGCGUGAGGCGACAUUGGUACAGACGCAGUACGACAAGCAACAGGAGAAAAUUAAUAAGCUGGCCGAAAAACUGAACAAGAUGAAUGAAAAUUUUGGCAGUGAAACAAAUGUAAUCGAUACAUUGAAAUCUCAACUGGAUGAAAAGAAGUUAGAAAAGACAGCACUAGAACAAGAGCUUCGCAAUUUGGAAAGCGAGGUCCGUGAAACACAGGUUACGUGGAGGACAGCACAGCAUGCUGUCACCAAUCACACCGAGUUGCUGAACAGGGAGAAACGGAAAAUCGCCGACAUCGAGCAGGAGAUCAGUAAUAUCGACGCGGGCGAGGCGGCGGCGGCGCGCGCGUCGCUGGAGGCGCGCUUGUCCCGUGCGCAGGAGGCGGCGGCGGCGCGCGCGCGCCUGCACACGGCGCAGCACGCCGCCGACCAAGCGCGAGCGCACCACGCGCAUGCGCGAACACGCGCCGACGCCGCCGCCGCCGACGCGCAGCGCCACCGGGCCGAGCUCAAGAAGCUGCGGCAGCAGCUGCGCGAGCUGGAGUCGCGCGGCGGCGACUCGCUGGCCGUGUACGGCGCCGCCAUGGCCGAGCUGUGCGAGCGCGUGCACGCCGCCGCCGCGCGCGGACACUUCUCCGCGCCGCCGCGCGGGCCCGUCGGUGCUUACCUGAAAGUGAAGCAGAAGGAAUGGGGCGGCGUUCUAGAGAACAUCCUCGGCAACUCCAUUCGGACGUUUUGUGUCAAUUCACCAGAAGACUCCCGAAAACUAUUUGAGAUUAUGGGACAAGUGUACGGCAGCGCGGCGAAACCGGGCGUGACGUGCAGCAAGUUCCUGGCGGCGCAACACGACGUGCGCGGCCGCUGCGUGCGCGCGCGCGGCUUCUCGUCGGCGCUGGACGCGCUCGACGUGCGCGACCACGUCGUCGCCAACUUCCUCAUCGACAACCUCGCGCUCGAGACCGUGCUGCUCGUGCCCGAACACGAGGACGCGAUCCGCCUAUCGGACACGGAGGAGAACGUGCCAGAGAAUUGCGCGAAGAUCGUGACGCUGGACUCGACGGAGUACUACCCGGCGCCCAACUACCGCAGUUACGGCGGCGUCGCCCGCGCCGUGCGCUACCUACACCUCAGCACCGCCGAGAGGAAGAGACAGGUACAAGCAGAAAUACAGGAAGCAGAGACGAUACUGCGGUCGCUCGAGAGCACCGAGCGGCAGCUGAGCGAGGAGGCGAAGGAGGCGCGCGACGGAGAGGAAAGCGCUCGGCGAGCGCUGCAAGCGCUGCUCGGGGACAAGCACCGCGCCGACGAACAAGCUCGCGCCGCCGCCGCCGCCGUUGCCGCUGCACGCGAGCUACGCGGCGCGCCGCACCUCACCAUGCUCACAGAGGAGUUGAAUGUGUCCAAAGAGAAACUGCGCACGCUGACCGAGAAGCUGGAAACACUGUCGGCAAAUGAGUCGCAGUACAAGGCCAAGAUUGAUCAGUCAGAUGUCCAAAUACGAUCGGUGAAGAACAAAUUGACAGCAGCCACCACUCUCUGUAGGACGCUUAAUGAAGAAAUAGAGCAAGAGCAAUUGAAAAUGGAUCGGGCAUUGACUGAGCGUGAGACAUACAAUCAGAAACUGAGCCAGGACAGGUCAAAACUGGCACAAGUGGCGGCCAUAUUGGAGGAGAAGAGAGCCCACAUAGACAAACUGAUAAGCGAGGCUGUCAAGCUCUGUCCCAGAGUCGAGAAUCCGAGGGAGCGAAGUAUCGUGACCAGCGAGCUAAAGAAGACUCAGUUGAAACUGAACUCGUUACGUAGCGACGGUCUGACGAAGGCGCAGGUCGCCGAGAAGUUGUUGGAGGUUGGCCGCAAGUACAAACGCACCAAGAACACGCUGGACAAGCUCAAGUACCUUAUCGAUGAUAUUAAAGCCACAACAGAUAAGCAUUUGAAUUUCUGUCACAAAAUGCAAACGUACAUCGCGAGAAGAGUCCAGUACUGUUUCCAGUCUAUAUUGACUUUGCGUGGUUAUUCUGGCCGCAUGGAGGUGGAGCACGGGCGCGGCGUGCUGCAGGUGUGGUGCUCGGGGCGGGAGGCGGGCGGGCGGCGCGCCGCGUCGUCGCUGCGCUCGCUGUCGGGCGGCGAGCGCUCCUACUCCACCGUCGCCUUCAUCAUGGCGCUGUGGGAGUGCGUCGAGCUGCCGUUCUACUUCAUGGACGAGUUCGAUGUCUUUAUGGACAACGUGAACCGUAAGAUAGUGAUGGAGCUGUUGGUCGACCACGCGCUCAAGAACAAGAGCCGCCAGUUUGUGUUCCUGACGCCGCAGGACGCGUCCUCCGUCGUCGCCGGGCCGCACAUUAGUAUACACAUGAUGGCGGCCCCGCGACCCUAAUUCUACUGUGGAUUUAAGUUACCAUUGAUACCUUUGUAUCCAGUGAGAUUUGUACCAGUUUUAUUGUUAUUCUGUACAAUAAUGUGAAUAAUAAUAAAGUUAUUUUGUUAUA